AAACACACACACACGCACACACACACACAAAUACUGCGUUUGUGCAAUUCAAUCCGUAUGGCCAAACGCGACCGAUAGCGAAUUGCAGAGGAACUUGUUUUUAUAUUUUCCUAGUUGUUUACUCGUGAAUUCGGCUUCCGACAUGGUAAUUUCAGACAUGCUGGAGAGUCCGGAGGUUCCGGGGUGGCUCCGCGGCCUGAUGGGCGAGAAGUUUUUCAACGCGUGCAUACUUCACGAGGGCGCAAAGAAAAACGAAAAGAACGUCUUUUGCUUGGAUUGCUGCGAGGGAAUUUGCCCGCACUGUGUUUCCGAUCAUCACUCUCACCGCCUCAUGCAGAUAAGGAGAAAUGUGUAUCAGGACGUUCUCAGGCUUGUGGAUGCUGUUAAGCUAAUAGACUGUGAUCAUGUUCAAUCUUACACCAGUAACAGUGCAAAAGUAGUAUUUUUACAUCAGAGGCCCCGAGCCAGAAUCCACAGAGCAUCAGCCCCCAUUUGCAUUAGCUGUGACAGAAAUCUGCAAAAAUCAUAUCUCUUCUGCUCCAUCUCUUGCAAGCUCGAGCACGUAUUCCGAACCAGAUCCAAGCUCUCGAAAUACCUUCGCAACUGCAAGUUCCUCGCGCUGCCGGAACCAAACCAGGACGACGGCCGGAUGACGCCUGACUCGGUUCUCGAGCCGGCGGGUUCGGUGCGGACGGAGUCCUAUUCGGCCGGCGUCGGCGGGCCGGUCGACUGCCCGGCUCUGAUCAGCACGGCGACGACGAUGGAGGUGGUGAGGAAGAAAAGGAGCAUUCUCUCUGGAAACCGGCCCGCGUGUAAACCGGUUUCAGAAACCAACCGGCGGAAGGGAUCGCCUCACCGGUCUCCACUUUACUGAUGAUGUGUACGGAUUGUGGCAGGGUGGCAUUAAUGGCGCUGUUGAGGGCAGAGUAGGUAAUUUAGGCGUAAUUGACCAACUCGUUGACCCUGUCAAUUUUUUGUAGAGCGUCUCUCCAAAUACCAAAUUGUGUCACUUUCUGAUUUUAACCUUUCUAGGUUUGAUUAGAUAUGUUAUUGUUAACAAACUCACUUUUCCAGCGUUUAAAUUUGUCUUUUGUAACUUUUGAUACAAAAGCGCAUUUAAUAGGUUAGAGAUAGUUCUAACUUAUCGAUUCAAUGUGCCAACAAAUUUAGAUAUUUUUGGAUCACAACAAUAUUA